AUGGCUCUCACAUUUUCCGUCGACGAGAAACUUAGGGUACCACGCGAAAUCUGGCUUCUAGUGCUCGAUUAUCUGGAGCCGCACGACCUUCGCGAAUGCCGAUUAGUAAGCCGGGAUUUGGAUCCUAUUGCUGCGUCUUUGUUUUUCAAGACUUUUGUGUUCCAAUUUAGCAGACAUAGCGUUGAGAACCUCACUCAAAUAGCUUCCAAUGAAAGACUAGCUGGGUAUGUGCGAACCCUCAUGCUUUGGAGAGGCCCGAAGCGCCACGAUGCCGUCUCAAGACUAGAUCGCGAUUGUAAGAGCUUUGAAGGAUCCGUCGGCUAA